CUGCAGAUCACAACACCAUGACCUCCCACCACGAUCAUUUCGAGAGUCUGAUGCUUUCUCAUCUCACACUGUUCCGAGCCUCACUGCAUGCUGUCAAAGACAUGGGAUCGUAAUCGCAGGGAUCGGAGUCGGCGACAGCGGUUAAAGUCUUCCUAGCUGGGAGAACUAUGUCCCAUUAUUACGCCAAGUACCUGCAAAGGCGAGUUUGUGACACACAUGGUUUCAUCUCCAUUCGCUGUUUUUGACAAGCCCAGCAAAAGUACCUCUCGGAUUAGUGUCUGUAGGGACAGUGAGGAAGGAUUGGGGCUGAGCGGGUUGCUCCUUUUAAUUUUGUGGCUGCAUAAAAUAACUCUAAGUUUAGUGACGAGAUAUUGCUUGUGGGGUAUCACAGAGCAGAGUCGGGCGCGAGUGGCUUGAAGAGACCCAGGACCCCUUCUUUGUGCUUUCUGGGGUCGUGCAUUCUACAUUUCGGCAGAGCUCAUGUAUGCACUUUAUGGAAGCCGGUGGGCAAACAUAUCACGGCAGUCAGAAGCUUCAGAGUAAUUCAUGAUGCCUCCUCGGAUGCUGAGAACAUGUCAUUCCUCCAAAGGUCGGACGAGGAGCUGAAGGCUUACCGGGUAGCGGGUGUUGCCGUCGUGGGUCACUGUCCCUCCCGACUGGGACUUUGCAAAUUGUCUGAGGCUCAAAUCCAUGUAAAUGUGUGGUUACACGAAAGGAUAGCUGAGUACACAUCUUCUUGGGACGGAUGACUGACCAAUCAUUCGAAGUGAGUAUGAUUGUGCUCAUGCACUCAGCUCAGCUAUCACAGUUGGGGCCCCAAACAAGGGUGAUGAUCAAGGUAGCAGUAUUUAUUCUAUUGGAGGUCGCCUAACAAGGAUUUGUUGCAAGUAGGUAGAAGGAGAGUCGUCCUACGGAGCUCAUAUAUCAGCGUCUCUCUCGUAACUCCACCGACCUGGUGUUUAGAGGCAUCCUUGACUCAGCGCUCCAAGCUACUCCGCAACAUUGAAGCUAUCAAUAUGGAAUAUGAAACACGUCCACAAAGUCAUGGUUCGUCCGCGGUAGACAUCACCAAACAUUUUGAUGGAAGUCGAGGCUGGUUCAAAGGUCGUCGAUAUCAGAACCCCACAUUACGAGACGUUGAGAAAGACGGACCUCUGGCACCUGCACCUCAACACUUUCACCGUGAUGUCUUGAAACGGGAGACAUACCGUCCGAGGGAUCUUGCCCGUUACAUCAGUCCAACGUUUGGAAAGCCGUAUCGUUUGCUGGUUCAAGCCGCCCCGGGUCCAAAUCUACAACCACCAGGAGAAUGGCGACGCCGCAGAGUGGGUGGUAAUGCCCCAACGCUGUUGAGAGUUGCAACAUGGGCGAUCAAAAUGCACAAUGAUGAGAUUGAAAACAUCGCUCUGGCCAUUGGAAAAUCGAUCCUGGUUGUGCCCGUCAUCCUGUUCCUCGUGUCAUGGCCGAUUGGAGGAGGAUCAGGUGCUGCCAGAUCCAUGUAUCUGAAUUUCCCAAAUCGAUGCUAUGAGUACCCAAAACAUGCUCUCAAUGCUUUAGACGCUGUACCGAAUGCUUCAAAGAAAGUCCGCGGCCAACGAGACGACGACGGGGACAAAGAAUACCGCGUUGACGGAGACCAAAGUCGCCUACUCAGGCCUCGCGCCUUGGUUGUCUACCGAAACGGUCGAUGGGAAACCGCCACGGACGGCAGUUAUACUGGACUCUAUAUCUUCAUCAGUUUCGCUGCUGCUGAAUUCUCAGUUGCCACUCCUACCGCAAAUAACCCUGACCUGACGACGCUCGACGAGCAGACCCUUGACUUCAGAGCAAGACGCCUUGCCGAGAAACAUGGAGUUCAAGCAUACUGGAUCGACUACCGCUGUCGAGCGUUGCAGCAGCCAGAAGCAACAGACGAUGUUCAUCGAUUCUGUGAUGUAGUCAGAGGCGCACACCAAAUCUGCGUCGUCCUUCCAAAUCCAUCCCAAGAGUUUCCCAAUCCUUUGGUCUCUUUUGGAGAACGGUUGUGGUGUCUACCAGAAGUCUUGUUGUCUCGCAAUCACAAGGUCAUGCUUUGUACACCUGAUCCCAAAGGUCUCGAGAAUGACGAUUCUACGGAGCUUGUUGAUAUCAUGGAGAUGGUUCACAGAUGCUGGGCAGUCAAACUUGGACCCAACGGCCGAGUGGAGCGGGACUUGGAGAACGAAGAGAAUUUCCGGCUCCUGGCCGAACACUAUACCGGAAGUCUGACAUUGUCGCGCCUCGAACUUAUUCAAGUGGGCCUUUCAGCUCUUCGUUCUCGGAAAUGGCGAGAGUUCCAGGGCGGAGACAUGGCCUACGCCCUCAUGACUCUGCUUUCGAAGCGACCGCGUAUGGAUCCUACAGACACAGAAUUGCAAGCUCUAGCUCGUCUUUCUCUAGCAAACGACAGCGAUCGCAUAGUCGAACGCAUGCUAUGUAUGGAUCAGCCCCGCCUUCCUGGGUCGGUGGCCUGGUUCAACACCACUGACGACCUGGGUGCAAACCUGUGGGAUAUUGAGCCCCUCGCACAAGUCGCUGGUGUUUGUCACGAUGGAUCUAUUAUCAUUGACGGAUGCCAUGGUAUCAGCAUUCGAUGGAAGGAUAUUCCGCGCAUCCACUUUCUAAUUCGUGAAACAUGGAAGAAAGCCUGGGCAGGCUACGCUCUUCGCAGCGGGCCUCUGUGGUUUAUUAUUGGCGCCGCAUUGUGUGCAAUCCCAGCCACCCGUGGACCAGGAGCUUUCCUACUCGUUGUCGGUAUCUUACUUCUUAUUUUGGCACCAUGCAGUGUCACUGUUCUCUAUGGAGGCAAAGUUUGGGGGGCCACUCCCUGGUUCAUCGGAUUUGAAGGCACCCUUCCCCUCGACGAGAUCGAGCAUAUGACUUUUGGGAACACGAUCGGCCGCUUCACAUAUACGCCAAGCAGCGGGCCUUACUGCUCGAGGUUGAAUGAGGAGCGGAUCGGUGCAGAUCCAAGCGUCAACUUUCCAAAGUUGCCGAAGGGACACAGGCUUUUCACUCUCAUCGACACUGGAACCAUGACUGUGACGGUCUUCGCUGCGGUACGACCACCAUCUGUGGCUCUGCUCUGUGGCAAGGAAGGCGGCAUGCUGAGGGCUGUUCUUUGCUCUUAUGAGCGUUCCACCAAUUCUUUAGUGAAAGAGUGUGUGUUGAGGAUGGAGACCCCCAUGUGGGACCAGAGUUCCUUGAUGGGUUGGACGAAGCUGUCCUAAGAAUUUCUUGAUUAUAUUUCUGUUUCUCAUUCAGCACUUUGUAUUCAUUCAAUUCCGUUUGGUACUUCAGGUGUUCGGGGAGGAGUUAAUCUGGGCUGUUCAGUGUUGAGAUCUUUGCAGCAGCGCUACUUUCUGAAUGGUGCUUUUGAGUAAUUUGCGUUUACUUUGUAUUUCUUGUCGCUUGUAAUUGCACGAAGUGUCGGUGCCAAGCUUAAUGACCAAAUUUUCCAAGUUCUAAAA